AUGAGUGAAAGUGGUCGAUUCUCCGUCAUCAAAGAACAUGUCUGCAAACUUGAUCAUCUCGACAAGUCCAACACGCAUGACGGCGGACUUGGCGUUGUCUCCCCAUCCGAGUCCUUCAACGAAACCGGCAAUCAUGGCGACAACGUUUUUCAGGGCUCCACUCAGAGACACACCGGCAACGUCACUCACCACUCUCACAUGGAAGAACUGGUGGGGAAUGUUGAAGAUGAUGAUAUCUGCAUCAGAACAGGCAUCCACAACAUCCGGAACGGCAACGACGUUCUCUGGGAGCUUAAUUCCUGGGAGGUACUUCACAUUUUCAUGCUCAGUGUUAAUGAUCUCGGUCAGUUUGCGACCCUCCACCUCUUCUUCGAAAACCCACAUUUUCACGGUUUGGUGGAACUCCUCAGGUCUCUCAGCGGCAUUUUCAGCAACAACCUUGGCAAUCGUAGAUCCCCAAUUACCAGAUCCCACGACAGUGGUACGGAAUGGCUUGUAUUCAGAGCCGGAUCUUUGGCGCUUAGCAGCCAGCUGGUUGUUCACGUUAUCUAA